AUGGCGUCGCCAUCCCCCUCCGCUCGAAAGAAGAAACGGGCCCGGCGGAACAGCGGCGGUGGCCACAAGUCGACCUCGCCAACUGGUGCCGCUGCCGCAGCGCCCGGCGGUGGCAGCGAAGGCGGGCGAUCGCCUUCCUCUUCUUCUUCUUCUGCAGCAGUGAAGCCGGCGAGAACCGUCUCCUUAGAGGGGUCGCCGUCGGAGAAGGCUGGCGGCGCCAGGGGCAAGCGUCGGCGACCUGCUGCCUCGCAAGAUUUUCCGCACAGCUUUCCCAGGCUCGACGGAGGUGUCAGCCUUCCCCCGCCCAGCCGGCGCCGCGCUACAUUAGACAGCAGGAGACACGCGGCGGGGGAGGCGGCGGCGGCGAGGGCUAUCCUCCGGGGGGGGGCUGGUGAGUCCGGCGGCGGCGGCGGUAGCGGUGAGGACGAGGAAAAUAUCGGACUGGAGCGGACUUCCCUUGGCGACCUACGUGAUGCCGCCUCAGGCCACCGCCUGCAUGAAGGGAGCGACGUCGGCGGCAGCGGCCUGGUGGCGGCUUCGGCACCGACGAUGUCGGUGCCCGCUUCUGUGCCGGCCCGUCGCCUGCAGGAGCUCUUCUUGGGCGGCGAUGGCAGUAGCACCAGCGCCAGUAUGAGUAGCACUGCUCCUGCUGCUCCUGCCGUUGCGGUCACUGCCAGGAGUGCAGGAGAGGCAGCGGUAGCAACGCCUACCCCCGGGCCAGUCGACCUGGCCGCCGCUGCUGCUGCUGCUUCCGAGGGGGAUUCCAGCGAGGGUCCGAGGCGACGACGGCGACGACGACACAGCAGCAGCGGCGGUGGUGUAGGCGAAAGCGGCGCAUCCUCCGCCGCUAUCCGAGUUCCGCUUCCUGUUCGCCGGGGCGCGCCUCCUCACGGCAGCAGCAGCAGCAGCAGCAACAACAGCGGCGGCUGCGGCCUGUUCGAGGAGCUGAUCCCGCUGGGGGUCCUAGCCGUUGCCGCGGGGGGACCUGGAGGAGAAGAGGGGCGCGCGUCGGCGCCGUCUCCGCGUGAGACUUCUUCCUCGGCCGUGCCAGGAAGAGCGGCGCUGCCGCCAUCUGCGGCCGGCGACGCUUUCGUCGGCACGGGGGUAGGAGAAGACAGCAGGUCCGCUUCGGGGCAUCCGGCUGGGGAUGAAUCCCCGCCGCCGGGGGGGGAGAGGAGUUGUGGGGGCGAGAAGGCCGGCAGGGCGGCGGGGAAGAGGUCGGCGGGGCGGGGUGACGCUCGCCGUGAAGGGGGGUCCGCGGUUGGUGAAGGCGACACGGUCAGGGGGCGAGGAGACGCCUUGGACGGUGCUGCGGAGACCCCGGGGGGCACCGCGCGGCGUGGCCGUGGCAAAGCAGCUGACGCCAACGGCAGCGUUUGCGGCCGUAGUGACGGCGCUGGCUCUGGGGUGCUGCAGGAGACGCCUUCUCCGCAGUUAUCGUGCAUCCUGGAGACGCCCCCCGGCUCGCUCCCGGAGGCGCUCGAACCCGCGCCAUCGCCACCGCCGCGGCGUUUCGCCAAGCCCGGCGCCUCAACAUUAUCGCCGCCGCCUCCGUCGUCUCCAUCGCCACCACCUCGAUCCACGCCGGUGGCGGAAGCGGACGUCUGCGCCCACAUCCCCGAGACGCCGCAAGCGCCCUCCCGCCGAGACUACCCCGUCGCAGCAGCCGCGACAACGACGCGGCGCCGAACCAGGAGCGCGAGAAAGACUCCACCGAUCGCUACCGCCACCGCCAACGCCAACGCCAGUGCGGGCCCUCCUGAAUCUAUCCCCGAGACCCAAGGAUCUCCUCCUCGAGCAGCUCCGGCGACAGGAAGGGGGGGUCAGGGAAGGGCGGCUCGAAGCCCUCGGGGUUGUUCUGCGGACCGCGCCGUGGCGGGGGCGGGGGCGGCGGCGGCGGCGGCGGCGACUCUCUGUGGAGACAGCCGAGCACGGCGGGCGGCGGAUGAAACCAGCGCGGGCGCCGUGUCCGUACCCGAGACCCAGCCGUCUCCCCAGGCGCCGCUGCGGCCAUCACUAGGGGGGGCGCCAUCGCCUCCUACCUCGAGGAACUCCCCCGGCCACGGCAGCGAUCCGGCGGCGGCGACGGGGCGCAGCAGAGCCGAGCCGGAGGGCGCGCCGCAGAGCGGGGAACGUCCUUCCGUCCACGAGUCGCAGCAGCCGUCCUCUGAGGAGCAAACAACGGCGGCGCCACGGCGAGGAGGAAGGCGGACGACCCUCAGCCGGUGGGCCCCUGUCGAACGGGAUGAUAAGCAGCCUGGUGCUGUUGCAGGGGCGAUGCAGGAAUCGCCGCCGCCGCCGGGCGGCGGAGGUGGUGCUGGAGCUGCCCACCGGUCUGGUCGGGGAUCGCCGUCGCGUUCGGCGUGUGUUGCGGGGGCGGCUACAGGGAUAGCCCCGGAGGCAGGGGCAGCCGUGGCGUUGGCGGUGGUCGGUCCGACCAGGAAGGGCGCGACGGAGGAAGAGGGGUCGUGUUUGCGGGGCCCGGCAGCGGCUGUGGCUGCCAGGGACGAAGCCCCACUCCGCAGGAAGACCGGACCAUCCCCGGGCGCACGACCACCACCACCCACGACCGACGCGGAGACGUCUGUGGCGGUGGCUGCGGAGGCGUGUUCGUCGGCCCUAGCGGACGUUUCGGGCUCAGCAGCAGUUCCACCGACGUUGUCGGCGGAUCUCGGCAAGGAUACCUCGGAGGGUGAGGGAUCGGAUAGGAAGCCUGGCUAUCGGAAGGAGCAGCGAGCUCCCGGUGGAGGAGGCUUGGAGCAGCAGCAGCAGCAGCAGCAGCAGCAGCAGCAGCGGGUGCGAGGGCGGAAGCCGCCCCCUUCAGACGACCCUUCGUCAAAGGGUUCUGGAGACCCCGGGCGGAGCGCCACGACUCCACCCCGGGACGAUCGUGAAGCAGGCGGUUCUGGAGCCCAUGCGGUAAAUGAUGUCCCACCCCCGGUAUCCCCCCGAACGGCGCCCUCUCCAACGACGCCGCGCCGGGAUGGACUCCCGGAGGAAGCGCGCCGCCUCGAAGGUCGCUCCCGCGCGGCCAGUCAGCCUGGCUCGUCGUCGUCGUCGUCAGGAACUGGUGCGGCAGCGACCGAGACGAGCACGGCGUGUCCGGUGGGGGGAGGUACACAACCCGCCGCCGGAGUCGUCGGGCUUGGGAACGACUCGGGCAAGAGACCGGCUGCGGGCGGCGGAGAUGACGCGAUCGAGGUCAUGCAGACGGCUGGUGGUGAUGCGAGCGUGGCGGCAUUGGGACCGGAGUCGGCGGCCGCAUGCGCGCAAGGGGUUUUGGUAGACCAAGCUGCGGCGGACGCGGGAGGUGUUUGCGCUGCUGGAGGAGGAGCCGUUACGCCUGCCCGCCCCCGGCGUCUUCCUGCCCAACGCUUGGAUGGCAACAGCGCCUCUACUGCGGAGAACGGUGGUGCCUCCGAAGAUGGUGGGGAAAGCUACGCGGUGGCGGAUGAGCUAUGCCCGUCGGAGGGGGGGUCGCAGACCCCGUCAUCAUGGGGUGCGGGUUUCGACUACUUCCCGACCGGCUACAGCCAAGCGACGGACAGCGAACAGGCCGACCGGAGAGGCGUAACGGCCGCGGACAUGCUAAGCUUCCAGCGGUCCCUCUGCGAGGAACUCCCCGUCAAGGCGACAACGACGAUAGCGGCCCAGACCAAGCCCGCCUCAUCGCCGCCGCAGCAGCCUCCUUCCGCGAAAAAGGAAACCCUGCCGUCGCCGCCGCCGCCAUCGCGCCCCCCCCCGGUGACCGGUUGGGUGCCCAACCCGUACGAGACCGGCGUCGGGUCCAUGCUGACCCCCCGUCGUAAGAGAAGAGAGCCAAAGACAUUGCCCGCGUCUCCCUUCGCGAUCGCGGCGGACGCUGCCGCACGGCGCGUCGAGGCUGCAGCCAGGCGGGAAGCGGCAGCGGCGGCGGCGGCUGCAACGAACGCGGCGACGACAAGCUCGGAUCGGACCACGGCGGCAGCGGCACGUGGGGUGGCUGGGGCGGCCUCGCCGAACGCAUCACGGCCUUUUGUGUCCUCGCGGCAGCACGCGUUGUCUGCUAGAGGCGGAGCUGCUGCCCCGUCCCCGUCCCCGGGUUCGGGCCAUCAACAACCGACGAAACCUGGAGGAGGGUGCGGAAGCCGUGACCCUCGCGCUGCCCAAAGCGCCGGGCCGUCCGCAGCAGGCAAGCCUCCGAAUCCACCAUCCCACCGGCAAGAUCAACGGAAGCCGGACAGCUUAGACCAGCGGGGGGCUUUGAAGUCGCCGGGCCCUGAACCGCCGCGUUGCCCGCCGACUACCGGCGACGCUGCUUCGGGGAACGUCGCAGGAGGACUGGGGCCCCCGUCGGACCUUGUUCCCAUCGUCGUGCACGUCGGCGGCAGCGGGUUUCAGACGGCGCGCGGGAGGCCGCUGUCCGUGUCCGCGGAGGCGCUGGCGAAGGUAAGCCAUAUUUUCAAGGAACCCCUUCCGGGAGGGGAGGGGGCAGCGGGCGGUGAUGGUGGUGGGCCGCGUAGCGCUGUGAGCUCGGGCCGCGUAGCGCGGGAGAUGUCGCGCGGCGGCCUGGGCGGUGUUGCCGCUGGCGGAACCCCCGUUGUUGACGGUGGGACGGCCGCCGUGGGCAGUGCGGCCGGAGGGGAACUCGGCAAGCACGAGAGCAGCUCGACGAACGGUGCUGAAACAACAGCGGCGUCGUCGGCGCCAACACGCGACGUGGGCUUCCGCACGGCACGUGGGAGACCGGUGGCCGUCUCCGCGGAGGCGCUCGUCAGGGUCGAGCACCUUUUCAGGGGAGAGGAAGAAGGCUCGUCCCUGGCGGGCGGUAGGCACGCAGUGGCUGCGUCUUUUUCUGGGGGGACGAGGCCAGCGGCGGCGAAAGGGCCGGACCGCAGGGGUGGGACAACGAAGGUAUCGCCGAGAGGCCGAGAAACAGGAAUGGCCGUCGGCAGUUGCAACGUUGCAGACGACAGCAGCGGCGGAAGCGGGGGCGGACCAAGCGCAAAUAAGGAGGGCCAGGCGGGGUGCCCGCCCGCGGCGGCGGCAGCGGCGGCGGCGGGCAGAAGUUCCUUCCAGACAGCGAAGGGGAGGACUUUGGCCGUGUCCGCGGAGGCGCUCGCGAAGGUGGAGCACGUGUUCGCCGAGCAACAACCGGGCGGUGGCGGUAACAAGGGUGGGGCGAGUGCUGUUGUUGCUGCCGCGGCAGGUUCGGGGUCGGCGAGCGUGCACCUGGGGUCGUCAUCGAGUGCUACUCCGGCCACCAGGAGGAACGGCGCCCGCCUCAAAGGAAACACCGCCCCGGCAGGGGGGAACAACGCGGCGGCGGGUGUGGCGGCAUCAUCCUCUGGUGGCCUCACGGGCGGCAACGAUGGCGAUAGCGAUGGCGGCGGUAGCGGCUGCAGCGGGUUCCAGACGGGCCGAGGGCGAGCGCUGGCGGUCUCUGCGGAGGCCUUGGCCAAGGUCCAGCACCUCUUCCAAGGUAACGACGACGGCGGCGGCGGUGGCGGCGGCGGCGAGGCGAUGGAGAGUCCGGCGACAGGGUUGCGGACUUCCAGGCCACCGGCCACCGGCGGCAGCGGGUUCCAGACGGGCCGAGGGCGAGCGCUGACGGUCUCUGCGGAGGCCUUGGCCAAGGUCCAGCACCUCUUCCAAGGUAAUGACGACGGCGGCGGCGCCGGCGGUGGCGGCGAGGCGAUGGAGAGUCCGGCGACAGGGUUGCGCACUUCCAGGCCACCGGCCGCCGGCGCUCGGCGCCACCAGCAGGCCACUCCAGGGUCAGGGGGCAAACCUUUUCGACGCCCCUCGGCCGUCCGCAAGCCUCGAGCGCGGGGCGAUACGGAUGGGAUUCCCGGACCCGUGGCGGCGCCUGGGCUGCGGGGGCAAGCCGAGGCUUCACCGACGAAUGCAUCGGCGGGUGUCGCGGCUAGGGAGGGAGUCAUCGCAGCGGUUCCACCAGCAGCGAGUGCCGGCAAAGGAAGAAAUACUGCUUCGAGCGGUAGUGGUGGUGGAGGUGGCACCACCGCCGUGCGGGCAGGGGUUGGCGGUGGCGGUCUUGGCGGCGGCGGCGGCGUUGUCGGGGUUUCCGAGGAGGAAAAGGAGACCAAAGCCCCACCCUCAGCAACCAACGGCGGCGGCGCCGGCGACGGUGGAGGGCUAGCGAAACCGGGAGGGUCUGCCGAAACGCUCGCCGAGGCUGUCGACGACGACGACGCCGGAGAGGCGUCGGCCGGAGAGAACGAAGCCGGCUCCAUUACCAAUGCCACAACAACAACAGCAACGCCGCAGACUUCCGGACGACAGCCGCAGACGAUGAGGAGGAGUAGCGCAGACGUCGAUUUCUUGAGGGACGAGGGUCCCGCAGCGGAUCCGAGAGGUGCGGCAGAAGCCCCGGCGCCCCCUACGGCUGCGGCGUCCGGGUUUAUCACCGGCGGGGGAAGGCCCGUCCAUGUCUCCGCCGAGGCGUUGCUGAAGGCGAAAAGACUCCUGGCCGAUGCAAGUGGAGACGAAAUUGAAGCCGUGGCUGGUGUCGAACGGGGAGAUCAAGAGGGUGCGGCGGCGGCGGCGAGGCGAGGCGCGCCGCUGGCGUUGUCUCAAUCUACAACCAAACUUGCCGGCGCACAGGGUCUGGCUAUCCCCGCUUCCGGCACAGGCAUGUCUGAUGCUCGCCAGGGAGAGCAUGACUGGAACGGCUCGGCAGGUGGGGAUGCCAAACCGCCCGCGGAGGGCGGCGGCGGCGGCGGCGGCGGCGGCGGCGGCGGCGGCGGGAGCGGCGGCAGCGUGGGAGGGUUUUUGACCGGGAGUGGCAGGCGUGUCGAGGUUUCCCCCGAGGCGCUAGAGCGGGCGCGGCAGAUGUUCACGGAGUGCGAGGCAGCUACGCCUUCCAGUGCGGGCGGGCGAGGAUGCGACGAAAACCCUCCGCCAGCGAUCGGUGGCAGCGGCGGCGGGGGCGGGAUCGGCGGGAGCGGGCUUGGCGGGGUCGUUGGCGGAGCUAGGGGUCCCGGCGGUGGCGGGACCGGAGGUGGCGUUUGUUUCGACCGGAAGGGGCAAGUUGGCAGCGGCACUGCUUUCUCUCCGCCCGGACGGGCGGAGGGUGCCAUGCUUCCGCCUUCCGCCGCCGCUGGCGCCGCCAUGGUUGGCGGCGGUGGCGGCGGUGGGUUCACGACACCAUCAUCCUCGCGAGGAAGGCUCCUCGCUCGUCGUGCUUCCCCGUCUCCCCUUUGCGGUGGCGGUAGUGGUGGCGGCGCUGGCUCUGCCAUGGCUGCUGCCGGCGGAUUUUCUCCUUCACCCGUGGUCGCUGGCGGUGGAACAAGCGGCGGCGGAAUCGGUGUCGUUACGACCCCAAAGUCGGUCGCGAAGCGGCGAGUGUUCCGCGGCGGCUACGGCGGCAGCCUGCACGCCAUGAAACGGCCGCGUCCUUCGCCUGGAGCAACGGCGGCGUCGGAAUCGACACCCGCUGGUUCGGCAGCCGUGCCUUCGCCGAUGCGAGCCUUGACGAGCCCUCGAGGCCUCCGUGUUAGCGGCGGCGGCGGGCGCGGAGCGUUUCCCCGGCCAUCCCCUUCGCGACUCUCGGGGGGCGUCUUCGAGGGUAGCAGCUCGGGCGGCGUGGAGCGGGGCACGGGGAAGACGGCGGCCGCGGGGCGUUCGAUCUCGCCGCCCCUCCCUCCGGCAGACGAUGAGAACGCCGCUCCCCCCGGCUGUCCGGCGUCGCGAAUGCUCUUCGCCGGCGGCGGUGGCACCUCUGCCGCCGCUUGCUCUCCAGGGGAGGAGGAGGUGGCCGCAGCUGCUGCUGCCACUGGCGGCGGUGCUGAAAAGUCGACAGCGGAGCAGCGUAUCUGGCGACGCCGCCGUGGAGGCCGCCUCCCGCUGUCGUCUCUUCUGGACAUGCCUCCGCAGAUUCCAGGACACCCGCAGCAACAGGCUAUUUGGCGUGCCGGCGGUGGCGGCGGCGGUGCCACCGGCAGCGGCGAUGUAUCGGAUAGAGAGGUCGCAGCUGGGGGGACGAAGGCGCUCGAGACGGAGGAAGCAGCGGCCGGAGGCGGGCCGCACAAGCACGGAGCCACAUUUUGUGGCGACGGAAGUCGAGAUACAGGAAACGGGACGGGAUUGGGUAAGGCACCCGUCGCAGCAGCAGGGGCCACGGGAGAGGUGGCGGCCGUAGUGCGAGAGGCACUAGGCAAGCAACCGCAGGGGGCGGGCAGCAGCGCCAACGCUGUCGCGGUGCUGCUAGGGCAGGUCACUGCGCAGAACGCCAGCGAUCUCUGCUUCGGGGCCGACGGCCGACCCCUCCGCUUCGUACCCCCGGCUCCCGCCGGUGCUGCCUCAUCGUCGACGUUUAUGCCGCGGCUGUCCCCGCCGCCACCGCCGCCGCCGGCGACAGCGAGGGACGAGUCUUGUUCGCGGUUAGAGGCGGGUGAGGGUGAGGAGGGCGGAAGGGGGGUGGUAUCAGGGCCGUCGGUGACGGCCGCAGCGGAAGCAGCGCCACGUUCUUUCCGAGAAGAGCUGCUCCGGAGCGGCAGGGAUGGGCAGCUGGCGACGCCUAUCUGGGUGCAGAACCACACGAGGUGGAUCGUGUGGAAGCUGGCUGCAAUGGAGAGGAGGUUUCCCGAGCACUUCCCCGGGGGUUACCUUACGGCGGGGAGGUUGGCUCGCCAGCUGCAGUAUCGGUACGGCGUCGAGCUCGAUCGCGCGAAGAAGCCCUGCCUCAAGGCCGUGUUGCAGGGAGACGCGUCCGCGGCCCGGCCGAUGGUUCUUUGCGUUAGUCGGGUGUACACCCCGCAGGAGCUCGGCGGUCGGGAGGGCGAUGCGGCGGCGAUUGUGGAGGUCACCGAUGGGUGGUAUCCCAUAGACGCCGCUCUCGACGGGGCCCUCGCCCACUUCCUGCGCAGGGGCAAGGGCAAGAUCGCCCCGGGGACGAAGCUCGCCAUCGCAAACGCCGCCCUAGGGGCAGGGGCAGGACCCAUCGACAACAAGAACGCGACCGCGACUACCGGCAGCAGCAGCACCGGCGGCGUCGGCGUCGGCGGCGGCGGUGGCGCGGUGAACCCGAUGGACCCGCUGGAACUCCUUCGGAGGCGGGACGCGGGGGAGUUUCCCCCCGGGGCCGGCCCGCGCCUACGGCUUGCCGUGAACUCCUGCCGCCGCGCGCGGUGGGACGCCCGCCUGGGUUUUUUCUGGCCGCGGCAGGGGCGGAGAGCGGAGGAGGAGGGGGGACCGGGGGGCGUGGAACCUGCGGCGCUUGAAGUUCCUCUCUGCACCGUGGUGCCAGGCGGCGGCGUCGUCUCCGCGACGCGGGUGGUGGUGUUGCGGCGAUACCCGGCGCUGUACAUGAGCGGCGGCGGCAGCGGUGGGGAAGGAGGGUCGGGGGAAGGAGGGGGUCGGAGGCGCGUUCUCAGCGAGGCGGAGGAGGAGGGCGAGCGGAGUCUGCACUUGGCAAGGAUGCAGCGAAUCAUGGAGACGGAGGCUGCUGGGAUGGAGGAGGAGGUUAUGCGCGAGCUCGAAGAGGCCCUCCCGGAUUCGUUUCGAAGGAUGAGAGAGGCGGAGAACCCGUCGUCGUUUUUCGAAGCGCUCCCCGCCGAGGGGCGGAAGGAGGUUACGGACUGGAGGGAGCGACACCAACAGGCGCGCGUGAUGGAAGGUCUGCGGCAGAAGGCCAUGGACGAACGCCUGCGGAGUGUGGACGGUAUCGAUCGAAGAGUCAGGCAACUCAUCACGCUGCGCGUGGCGUGCGUGUGCCCCCACGCCGACACGACUCGAACCCCGAACAAGAGCCGCAAAGGUGAUGGAGCACCAUCAUCGACGGCGGCGGCGGCGGCAGGGAGGAAGGCGGUGUCCUCCGCGCCGCGGGGUCGGCGGGGGGGGGCAGGGACGCGAGGCCCCGGUGGCGGCGAGGAAUUUGUUGGUCGGCGGAGCGGCCUACCGCCGAUUUCGGCCGUGGUGAAGGUCUGGGCUCCGAACGAGGCGACGGCGGGACUGCUCCUGGAGGGGGCGGUGCUUAGACUGCACAGCGUUACGGCUUCUGUGUGCCGACACCGCGUCCCGGGAUGCUCCCUGGAGCUCUCUGCGGGCCGGCAGACAAAGAUAGAGGUCAUCGGCACCACUACCACCCCGGGCUUCGGCACCGGCGGCGACGGCGGCGGCGUCCCCGCUAGGCCAACGGGCGGCGAAGGCGGAGAUUACCUGGGCGCUGAAAGGACGCCCUUUUUCUCGCCACGCUUUGUCCCUCGCCGCUACACGCCUCUCUCGGCGUUGGUCCCGCCGCCACUGCGCGGGUCUCGACGACGGAUUGGGAAUGACGAGGGAGGUUGUUGGCACGGUCACGUUAGCGGAGGAGGCGGCAGCGGUAGUGGCAGCGGCAGCGCUAGCGCUGGUCGUCGCCAUGUGCACGGCGGGGGGGAGGAGGAGCGGGGGCGAUCGACGGCGCCGCCAUCCGCCGCGGGCGGGGGCGGGGGCGAGGCCGGGGAUGGGUCGGGGGGCGGUGGUGGUGGUGGUGGUGGUGGUGGUGGUGAUGCGGAGGUCGACGUCGUCGGGUGCGUGGUCGCGGUGACGGUGGAGCGCUCCCCCUUGUCCGCGACCCCGGGCUCUGGGGAGGUAUUCGCCACGGUAGAAUCGAUCACGCACGCCGCCGACUCCGCUUGCCGGGGCGGCGGCGGCGGCAGCAGCAGCGGCAGCGGCUUCCGGGACGAGUCGGGCAACGAAAGAAACGCUUCCACUACUGCUCAGGCUGACGACGAGCGCGUUACGUACCGGGUGUACAUGACCGAGCCGUCGGGGGCGUGCGCCGUUCUGACGAAGCGGGUCCGGCCGGAGCUCGCGCGCCACCACCGUAUCCUUCGCAGCGCGCCGGGCGCCUGCUGGGCGAUCGUGAAUGCGGGCAGACACAACGGCGGCGGCGGCGGCGGCGGCGGCGGCGGCGGCGCCGCCGGUGGGACUUGGGAUCCUUCAGCGCCGGGAGGGCUCCCGGCGGUCCGCGACCGUGGCCUUGGGACGCUCUCGUGGUCAUCACUGACGGCGGCGGGCGGGAACGGGAGCGCCCCGCCCCCGCGGUCAGUCGGAGGCGCGCCGGCCAGGCACUUGGGGCGACCGCUGGUGGCGGCGCGGCGGUGGGCCGAGGGUGGCGAGGGCCGGAACGCAGUCCGGCGGGAGCGGCAGCGGCUUGAGCUCUUGCAGGCGAGGGAGCGGCGGCGGCGGCUUGCCGUUACCCCCCCGUCGAUGGUAGCAGACGCCGGAGGCCUGCCGCCAGGGGCUGCUGCCGCUGCUGCCGGUGUUGCCGCUGCUGCUAACGCCGGCGAUGCCGGUACAAGUCUUUCUGGUCGUGCUGAGGCACUUGAGGCUGCAGACCCGACGACGGAUGCCGCUGCCCCGGCGGCGGUGGCAGCGGCGGCGGGGGGGGCGGCGGCGUGCCAGACGACGUCAGGAUCCCCCUGUCGAGAGCGGGCCCUGGUGCUUGAGAGACGGAUCGACGACGCCGUGAUCGGGUUCGUGUCGUCUUUCGCGGUUCUGCCCGGUGUUCCGUCAUCGGUGGUUGCGGCCGGAACACGGCCGGCUCCUGGCGGCGUUGUUGGCGGCGGUGGCGGCGGUGGCGGUGGCGGCGGCGAUACAUCCAUGCCUGGCGGCGUUGACCCCGGGUGCCUCUGGAUGGGUAUCGACACGGGAGGCGGUUUGGCGGCGGCCGUCCUUCCCCGGGCCUCCCUCAAGGAGCUCCUGGACGUAGCCCUCGGCGGGGGCAACGGUGGCCGGAGUUUGAGGCCGGCUGCCCUGGGUCCCGAAGAGCCGGGCACCGGUGACAAGGCGGAAACGACUGGAACGUCCUGCGGCGACAUCGCUCGUGCCUUCCUUGACCGCGCCGUCGCCGCCGCCGCCGCCGCCGCCGACCUCGGCCACGACGACGAGACGUGUAGACGAGAAGGAGGUGGCCGCGGUCCGAUGCGGGCGGCGGCGGGGUCGGCAGAUUUGACCGUCGGUGACGGUGCGCCGGCUGAGCGGCUCACCGCGGCGGCGGCUCAGCUCGCUGCCGGACAACAGCCGCAGCGACCGGCUCCACCGGUGGCACCCCCGAGCCCCCAGCCAGUGACCGAUUCCGACGACGCAAUCUCCUCCGCCGGCGGCGGCAUCCGAUCGAGAGGGGAAGAGGUAGUAGCGUCGAUGGAGGCGGUUUUGCCGGGCGUUUUGUCGACGAAGGCAGGGCCAAGCGAGCGUCAAGGUGACAGUCAGCGACGACCCCCGCAUGCAGCCGUCGUCUGUUCUGAUGGUGAAGCGGCAAUCAUGGACGCGCUAGCAUCCGCUCUGUGUCGAGUGGCGCAUCCAAGCCGUCGGCAAGGCUUGGGAUGCUGCGGUUCCGCGGGCGGUGGUCCCUCCGUUCGCCGGAACGUGUCGCCGGCGGCCACGAUUGCGGGUGACGUCACGGCGCUCCCCGUUGUCGCGGCAGGCAUGGCCGAAAGCCCUCGAACCGGUGCAGCGGCCAGCGACGUCAAGCCAAGUGCUGAUUGUAGCACGGUCGCAGGUCCGACGACAGCGGAGGGUUCGGGGAUCAACCCCGGUUCGCACGGUUUCAGCGACGUGAAGGCCGCUGGUGCGGGGGGCGUUACCUCCGCAGCUCCGUCCGUUGCUGCGGGGGACGGGGGCGGCGGAGGCGGUGGCUGCAGACGCGGCGCCGGCGGCGGUGAUGGAGCGGGAGCCAUGCUGGACGAUUUGGCUUCCGCUUGCGGCCGGAGGCAGCUCUCGUUUUCGGUCUCUCGCUUUUUUUCGCGAGUUUUGGGCCGAGACGUCGCGGUGGUCCACGGGGUGGGCUCCGUGGACGUGGCUCGAUCGGCCGAGGCUCUUCUGAAUGAUCUCGGCGGUGCCGGUGCCGCCGCCUCUCCGCCAACUUCGUGA